AUGAUGUGGGCCCUUGCGUCGCUCCUGCUUGCAGGUCUUGCACGAGCAGCUAUCCCGAACGCCAUGCUUCGAGGCAUGCCUUCUCUCCCAAAGUUCCCAGUGCCGGAUCGUUCUAUCAUUUCGCCGAAUGGCACAGCACUCCCACCCAUUACAACCGUCUAUUACUUUGAUCAGCUCAUCGACCACAGUAAUCCGGACCUCGGGACAUUCCAGCAGCGAUACUGGAUGGACUGGGAGUUUUAUGAGCCUGGUGGCCCCAUCAUCUUGAUGACGCCUGGAGAAACUGACGCGGAUGGCUACGAGGGCUACCUUACCAAUGAAACCAUCAAUGGUCUCAUCGCUCAACAACAAAAUGGUGCAACCAUCAUCAUCGAACACCGUUUCUUUGGUUAUUCCAAUCCAUACGACAACCUCACGUCACAAUCUCUAGCACUCCUCACCAUUCAGCAAGCUAUUGAUGAUCUCGAGUAUUUCGCCAACACCGCCGACCUCCCCAUGCCCGGGGGUGAUGCUGUGAAACCAGGUCAGGCGCCAUGGGUACUGAUCGGAGGAAGCUACUCGGGGGCCCUCACAGGUUGGACGAUGGUCAAUAAACCGGGACUUUUCUGGGCCGCAUAUGCAUCUUCUGCGGUCGUAGAGGCAAUUACUAACUAUUAUGGGUAUUUCACCCCUAUUCGCGAGUACAUGCCACAGAACUGUUCCUCUGAUGUAGAGGCAGUGAUUGCCUACCUGGAUGGGAUGUACACGGCUAAUAACACUACUGGAAUCCAGACCCUCAAGGAAGCAUUUGGCCUCGGAGAUGUUGUACACGUAGACGAUUUCGCCAGUGCACUUCAAUACAACCUGUUUGAUUGGCAAUCUCUGCAGCCUGAUGUCGGCCCAGGGGCGAUGUUCUUCGAGUUCUGUGAUGCACUUGAAGUCAAGGAUGGCGUUAGCGCCGGACCUCAGGGAUGGGGACUGGAUAAUGCUAUCUACUCUUGGGGUAACUUCUGGAAUACUACAUACUACGACUAUGUCUGUGGAGACGAGGAUGCUGAAACCUGUCUUGGGACGUAUAACACGAGCCAGUCCUACUGGACUAAUGUUACCGUGAAUGAUGCAGAAAGGUCAUGGUUUUGGAUGGUGUGCAAUCAAGUCGGAUGGUACCAGGUUGGCCCUCCUGAAGGCCAGCCCGCAAUUGUGAGCCGCAUCCUCCAACCCAUUUACGAAGAGCGCCAAUGCGUGAACAUGUUUCCUCAAGCCUUUGCCUAUCCACCUCAACCGACUGUCACAGAGACCGACAUGAUGUAUGAUGGUUGGAACUUGGCUGUUCCACGUCUCUUCUUUGCCAACGGCCUGCGCGAUCCAUGGCGCGAAGCGACUGUCUCUGCUGAUGGGCUGAAUAAACCUAACACCACCAGCAUGCCAAUCUAUGAGGGCGAUGGAUUCCACUGCUCAGACCUGAUCACGGAGAAUGGCGUUGUAGACUCGACCAUCGCGGUCGUGCAGGAAGCAGGAUUGAUGUAUAUGAAGGAGUGGCUUGCUGAGUGGACGCCGUCCGCGUGA